CGAGAACAAGAUGCUCGACUCCGCCAUCUGCCCACACCUCCGGACUCAGCGCUCGCAGCCAAAGUCCACCCCGGCCUCGUAUGAACCAGCAUAUCCGUCCUACUCUGCUCGCUUCGACCCAUCCAUCUCCGAGGUCGCCGCGGUUCUGAUCGGGGCCAUCGCCAGCCAGCCAAAUUCGCGCCUCGAACACGAUGCUCUCGAGUCUGUCGACCACUUCCUAGGCCAGGGUUCUCCUCAACCUCAUUAUCGCCUCCUGUGCAACUCGGAAGACCCGACAGGCCGCGAGACCCGUGCUUGGAAGGCCUACUGGCCGUGCAAGGAAGACUACCUCUCGUGGUCCUCUUCCAGCGGUUUCGCCGCCUGGUGGACCGAGUCAAAGAGGGAGACCGAGGAGCACGGGUGGCUGCUGGAGGCCUUGUACCCGACCAUGGAUCGUCUCGAGAGCGUCUUUUCCAACGAGGCCGCGCGCGAGGGAGCCGCGCUCAUGUGCCAGGGAAUGAGUGCAGCUAUUGAGGAACACGGCUACUGGGGCAGCGCGCGGGACCGUUUUCCCAUUGCGCAGACGGAUACGGUCCCUGGUGAAAAGGUCUGUCCAGUCAAAGGGAUGCUGGGUGGGGCGAAAGAGGCGAACGGCACCGCCUCCCGUCGCGUCGUCGUUCCUGGCCGGCAGAACCUCUGUGUGAUCCACUCGGGUCAGGACUGGUCGGCGAUGGAGGGCAAGGAGCGGGAGCUGUACCUGGGAACCUUGCAUCCCACGCUGCAGGCAGGCAUGCUAUUCCUCAGCAACGACAAGUACCGCAGCCUCGACGGCGACGGGAGUGCUUCAGAACGCGUUGGAUGCUUUGAAUGCCGCUUCAUGGAGCAUCUGGAUCCCGAGAGGGUGGAGCCAAGCCUCUCCAAGUCGUUUGGCCUUUGCUACUUUGACGACCUGGCCAGUCUGGAAAGAUGGAGUCGCGAGCACAAGACGCACCUCAACAUCUUUAACGGCUUCUUCAAGUACGCGGCCGAGACACAGGGCCAGGGCAAGCUGAGCCUGUGGCACGAGAUUGCCGUCUUGGAUCGGAGCCAGCAGUAUUUCGAGUACGUCAACUGCCCACCCGGGACAGGUAUGCUGGCGUCGGUGCAGAAGCCAAUCAAGGAUCUGUAGUAUUGUCUUCCUGCGUCUCUCUCUCGACUUUCAGAAAUUGCGAUGAUCUCUCCUUU